AUGAAAAAGUUUUCUCGCAAAUCCACAACAGGAACUUCUCUGACAGCAACAACAUCAACAAAAACCACAGCAGCAUUGUCUUCCGUUUCUUCUUCUUCGGGGAGUGGUGACGUUGGUGGUAACGGUUCUGAGACCAAUGCUCAUUCCAUCAUCACCAAUAACCAUAAUAUUCUCACAACGAGUACGACGAUGCCAUUCGCUUCUCUUUCUCUCACUUCUUCGACACAAAUACAACAACAACCAUCAUUAUUGAAUAAUACUAAUAAUACUAAUAAUACUAAUAAUACUAAUUCUUAUCAUCAUCGACAUACGAUUAACGGAACCACUACGAUUGUGAGCUCACAACACUUGGAUCAAGCCAGUGAUCAUGGAAGUGGUAUCAAUAUUGGUUCUAAUGCCACAUGGUAUCAACAACAACCUUCGAGCGUGUCAAUUGUCAAUCCAUCCAACAAUUCUUUGAAAAAUUCUUCCAAAACAACAUUAACACCCAAUUCAGCAACAACUCCAAGACAACAUUUAAAUCCCAAUACUUCGAAUCAAUCCAUGGAAAAUGUAAAAUUAAAUCCAAUUUCGAGACAUUCGUCGUCACUUUCGAAAAAAAGUUUAUCGACUUCUUUCAAACGAUUACUUUUCGGAUGUCGAAAUGUGAAAGAUGAACAAGAAGAACAAGCGGAAGAAAUGUUGGAUCGAUCGAGACGAUAUUUGGUAGAUCGAGAUUUGUUUUCGAAUCAUCCAGGGGAUGGAACUGAUGAUGGAAUGGUACCACUCGAUGAUGAUUCGUAUGAAAUUGCAACGUCACCUGUCAUGGCCAUGUUGUCACCAAGAGGAAAAAACGACACAACCCAUUCGACCACAACAAAUUCCAAAUACUUGUCAUCGCCUUCGAAAAAUGCGUUCAAGAGAAGAAGUGCAGAAAGUCCGACACAAUUAUUCCUCUCCAAUGGAGGAGGAGGAGGAGGAUCCAUUCGAUUGCAUCAGGAUGUCGUCGAUUCCACUAGUGACGAGAAUUUCAAAUUAACCAAUCAUGGAAAUUCCAAAUAUCAUCAUGUGAAUGGAAGAAGUAAAAUAUUUGCAGGAGCACUUGCAGAAGAUCAAGCAGAGGAAAUUCUCAUUGGAAAUGAUUAUCCACAAAAAGUUCACUUUCACUUUGAAGGUCAAUUUGAAGUGAAACAAUGUCAUCAUUUGGAUACCAUUUCGGAUAUUUUACCAGGAUUUAAAGAUUGUGUGACACCUUUUGUGAAAAUUGAAUGGAGUGUGGAAUUCUUUAAUACACAAUCAUCUGGAUUGAAUGGAUCAAAGAAAAAUGUUCCAUUCGUGAAACCCAUUUCUUCGUCUGUGAAUCCAUCCCUCAAUUGGAAACAAACCAAAAAGACAACUGUCACUUGUCUCGAAGUGGGAAGAAAGGAAGUUUCUUGGAAUGAGGUUUUAGAUUUCUCUAUUGAAGUUGAAGGAUAUAUACACAAAAAUAUUAUUGAAAUUUACAAACAGAGUAAUUUGAUCAAUUCGACAAUGGACAUGGAUUUAUCCAAACCCUAUGGUGAUCACAUUAUUGGAAUUUUACUCGUCAAAUCUAGUUUAUUCGAUUACGAUGAUUUGCUCAUGCAAGAGAAUAUCAUUUCACACCAUUUAUUAGAAUUUCCAAUUACAUUGAAAGGACUCCUUCGAUCCAAUGCUUCCUCUCCUCAAAACAAUUGUGUGAAAGCCGUAUUAAUGUCCUCAUUAAUGGAAAAUAAUGUUUCACCUGGCUUGUCACCCAAUGUUUUGAAUGACGCUUCAACAAUGAACGCUUCUUCACCACUGCAAUCGACUCCUGUGAAAGUUCAAGCCGUUGGUCAAGCACAAUUGUCAAAAGGAUCCUCUCCAAUGGUUGGUGAUCUUGCAUCUAGGUUCAAUUCAGAUCCAAAUAUCGUUAUUUUUGAAAAGAAUCAAUCUCUUGAGGUUUGUCAAAUGUCACAGGACAAACAAAGUGAAAUUGUAUUGUCAGUAUUACCAGUGGUGGAGUUGUCCUAUUAUGUGAAAAUGAUGGGAAGCUCUAUCUGUUUGUAA